AACAAUCGAGAUGGAUGGAAAUGUUGUAGCUUUAGCUGUUACAAUCGCUCUGCUGGUAGCGCUGCAGGCUCCGAUGGCCGCAACAACACGAGCCCGCAGGACGACAUCAUCACCCCCCCGCCGCUGUGCCGCGACUCGCUCUCGUCUUACUCGAGCAAAGCGCGCUCGAGCUCCGAGCAGCUGGCGCAUGCGGCGGUUUCGGCGAGCCUGGCGCAGACGAAGAGCGCGCUGGCUGCGAUCUCGAGCAUGGCGGAAAGCGUGGCGCCGUUGAAGCCGGGGGAGAGUGUGGUGCUUCGCGAUUGCUUGAUGACGAUGAGGGACUCGGUUCAGAAGCUGCAGAAGUCGCGGGAUGGGAUGGGAGGAGGGAGGGAAUGGGCAGAGAAUGCGCGGACAUGGGUGAGCGCGGCGCUGACGGAAGACAAUAUGUGCGCGGAUGAGCUCCAAAAUGUGGAUUUGGGGGGAAAAAGGGAUGCGAUUAGAGAACUGGUUUUGAGGGCCGCGAGGCUUACUAGCAAGGCGCUGGCGCUGAUUCCUAACGUGGGUUAGAAUAUUACUCGUAGAU